AUGGCAGACACAAACCAAAACGAAGACGUAACGGAACCACCAAAUGGAGCACAAAUUUCUUCAAGGCGUGGAAGACAACCUCGACGAAGGUCUGCCAUUGAAAACGUGAUUGAAAAUAGUGCUCAUUUUAUUACGGAGUAUCGUGAACGACGGGGUGCCAUCCUUUUGUACCAAGAUGCCAUUAAUGCUCUUAGACGUGUUAAUAUCCCCAAGCGUACUCCAUUUUGGCGAGCUGCAGUACGGUGCCUUACCCAAGCCAACUAUGCAUCAGCGUUUGUUGCAUUAGAGGAGGAGGAGAAGAUUGAUUGGCUUGAAGCAAUUACUGGAUUUAGCAAAGAUGGAGAGCGUUUCAAUGACUAUGAAACAGAAGGAAGAACACGUGGAACUAAUAAUAAUUAUGGUGUUCCAAGCGGUGGAUUAUCUAACAAUAACCCAAGCAGUAGUAAUUAUGAAGACGCAGAUGGACAAAACGAGUUAAAUGGUUACAUGACAAGUGGCUUUAGAGAUUUGCUAGGGGUGGAGAAUGAAACAAUGAAUAUUGACUAA